UGUCAGUCUUGACUGACUUUCACCAGUAAGCAAAACCUAACGUUAUUUUGUCUGUUUCUAAGUUGUGUUCAGUUUCAUAUUUUAAACCAACGUAUAUGGUAGUGUCACCGCUGGUUUCUUAGGUACUCACUAUCAACAAAUUAAAUAUAAGUUUUAAUAUUUUUUUAUCAAUAUAUUAUUUUUACUACUUGUGCCCUCGAAAACACAGGCUUAUGUCUAAUAUAAAAUGAUAUCUAACAAACGGUUAGUAGCAACAUGUGCCAUUAUUUUCUGCUGCAAUAUAGCCCUACUAGGGUUGUUUGUAAAAUAUAACAUCGGAGAAAAAUGUUACAUUACAAUCGACGAGCAUCAAAAAUUCCACCCUAUUAUUCCCGAUGACUUUUUAAGUUUUGGUAUUGAUACGUCUGAAAUAGAGAACUACGAUAAAGUUAAUUUCACUAACACAAGACUCAGAGAGCUAGCUGCAGCUCUGGCUCCCGCGCGACUCCGGCUUGGUGGUACCAUGUCCGACCGUUUAAUAUUUAGUUCUGAAGACAUUCCGUCAGCGACAUGUAACUAUUGCCCUUUGAGUGCUGCUACCGAAGCGACCUGUACUGCAGUUCAGACUCUUUGUAAGCACAAAUUUUUACCAUUUUUUAUAAUGACUGGUCAGAAGUGGACAGAAAUAAACGAAUUCUGUAUAAAAACGAAUACAAAAUUACUUUUUAGUUUAAAUUUAUUAUUACGUGAUGAUCAUGAAUGGAAGAGUCAAAACGCUAUUGAAAUUUUAGAAUACUCAAAACAUAAAAAUUUUGAUGUUGAUUGGCAGCUUGGCAAUGAACCCAAUUCAUUCCACCAUGUUUUUAACUUAUCCAUCAGCCCACAGACCUUGGCUCAUGAUUACAAAAAGCUUAGAAAGUUACUAAACCAUCAUGGUUACAAAAAGUCAUUGUUGGUAGGUCCUGAUACAACUAGACCACAAGAACACCAACCUAAUUGCCUCAAAUACAUGGUAGAGUUCCUAGGCAAUGGUUCUCAUUAUAUAAAUGUUAGAUCCUGGCAUCAGUAUUACUUAAAUAGCAGAACUGCCACUUUGGAAGACUUUUGGAAUCCAGACACUUUGGAACUACUGAGUGAACAAAUUAAAAUUAUGCAAAAUCACACUAAGAAAUAUCACAACAUACCAAUGUGGCUAACUGAAACGAGUAGUUCCUACGGGGGCGGAGCGCCUGGGCUAUCCAAUUCUUAUGCAGGUACCCCUCUCUGGGUAGACAAGUUGGGUUUGUCGGCAAAGUAUAAUAUAACAACUGUGAUUAGGCAAAGUUUGAUUGGCGGCAAUUAUAGUCUGAUUGAUGAUAAGCUAGAACCAUUACCAGAUUGGUGGGUAAGUGUCUUGUACAAAAGACUUGUUGGAAACAAAGUUCUGAAAGUAAGCUGUAAAUGUUCCCGCUACCAAAGGAUAUAUGCCCAUUGCACAAAUAGAAAAUACACAAAUGAUACAACAGCUGUAACCAUUUAUGCCAUCAAUUUACAAAUGGAAAAAGCAAAAUUCCUCCUUAAUGGAACUGCCUUUCACGGUGAUGACUUGAACAUUGACGAGUAUAUUAUAAGUGCUCCUUCCAAUAACAGAAGAACAAAAACAAUUCUAUUGAAUGGCUGGCCUCUUUAUUAUGAAUCAUCUGUUCCAGAAAUGCAACCUAAUCAUAUAAAAUAUGGUAAUCACGUGUCUAUGCCACCAUAUUCCAUAGGAUUUUGGGUAAUUAAAAACACUUCUUUAAAGAACUGCAAGUAAUCUGUAAGUAUCAUCCAAGUGAUUUGUAUAGUCAGAUUUCAGAAAAUUAGAAUACAUUUAUUUUUAUUAAGACAUUCCAGUGAUUUUUGGAUGCUGUAAUAGUGUGUAGUUAUGACAUACUUAAAACUCAUAUUAUUUAAGGUAUAACUGUAAUACCACUGCUGGAGCUCAGUUCUAUUGUCAUUUUGCUCGAAUAUAAUAAAUGCUACAACUUCAGGGUCUGCUAACUUGCAACUGUAAUCACUUUUGAUCUCAUAUACAUUUACUUUUCUACUUUUUAUAUAAUAAUAUAAUUAUUAUCCAGUUAUAUCCUUACUGUGUAAUGACUACCUUUCUUAAGCUUAUUACUUCACAAUUUCAAAAACGUAGGUAUAAAUAAGAAUUAUUAAGUGUUAGCAUUAUGAAAUGUUGUGAAGGGUUAGUAAGGUAAAGUAUGAUCUUGAUGGCUGGAUCAUGCUAGACACAUUAAACAUAUGAUUGUAUGUACUGAUUGCAUAAUCUGCCCCAACUGACGUCACCUAGACACAAAUGUGUGCUGACAUUAAAAUUUAUUGUUGCUCUUAAUAAAACUUGACAAUUGGCUGCCUUGUCCAGUGGUCAAGGAAAGUUCUUUGAGUGACAUUGAAUUGCAUCUGGAACUUUGGUCUUUGUUAUCACUGUUCAUUAUUAGAUUGUCUAGACUUGAUGUGAAUACUAUAUUUAGUUCUGAUUAUUAUUUAUAUAUAUAUAUAUACAUAGAUUAUUAUACUGACUGUUGAUUGAUGUACUGAUUUUGUGCUUAGAUUGAUUUUUUAAAAUAUUAUAAAAUAAAAAUUUUUCCUGAAUAUGUCAAAAACUUACAAAGAUACAAUAAUUAUACUUACAUUGCAGACAUAUUUUUGAACCAAGUACACAACUGUUCUUAUUUACAUGUAUGUCUACUAUUUUUCGACUUACAUUUGUCAAUGUUUUAUUCAUCAAUGUGGAUGUUUAAAACACAUGUUAGGAAUGAAUCUUUCAGAAUAUGUUGUAAGACUAAUUGUUUCAGCAGAAUGAACAGAAUUAACGUCUUAGAAAAAGUUACUAUACAUACAAAACGAGUACUUUGUGAUUCCUCAAUUAUAGAAACUGUCUUCAAACAUGUUCUUCCAUGAUUGUACACCUCGCAGAUUAUACCAGCCUUUUUGUUAUUUAUUAAAAGUAUAAAUAUAUAUUAUAUAUCUACCGUUUUGUACAGUAAUACCCAGACUUGCGUAACACGGAGGUACGGCGAAAUAGAGUAUGUAUUUAUAAAGUAAUUUUUAAAGAUAGUUAGAAGAAGUAAUGACGCAAGUUCCUAUGUAAAUGGGUGCUUAUUACACGUUUGAAGUGGAUGGCUCUUGAUGAUUUCAUGAGUUAAGGUAGCUCGAGAAAUGACGCAAGUCGAGGGAUUACUGCACAUGAAUUUGUGCUAUGCUAAUAUACAAAUAAUAUUUCGUGCACUGUUGCUGUUGUGAUUUGAGGUGCCUAAAUGUAAGACUGAUUAGAAUUACAAUAUUAUUAUUUUUAGUUCUAUAAUGUGCCUAAGACGAGGUUCAAAAUAACCAACUGAUUGUUCGUUGAUAUUUUAUAAUCGAGUAUAUCUUCCAAAAGUUAAUUACUAGAGUUUACCUAAGUACGGGAGUCAAGACGGACGGACGGACUACUUUACAAAACAAGUGAGUCUAGUUGUUCAUUUGAGUGAAAAUGAAUGAACAGUAAAGUGGAUCUGUGCUAUCUCGAUAUGAAAACACUUAGUGAAAUUUAUUUAUGUCUCAAGGCCGAUAUAUCUUUUAGCGAAUUCAUUAAUUAUGUGUAUGGCUUAGAUAUAAUUUAACGACUUACAAUAAUAUACGAUCCCAGAGAUUGUAUGUAUUCAUGAAGAUCUGUUCUGAAUAUCGCUUGUAUUUGUAAUAUUCUAUUUAUUAUCUUAAAAACUUAUUUAAAAUGUGUCAUUAUUAAUUUCUCAAUGCAUUUUUUCCUUAAAGUUAAACCGUUGUAUUUUGUAUUGUAUAGCUACAAUGUUUAAUUUUAAUCUUUAUGUUUCAUAAAAAAUCGUAAUCACAGAUGAUCCCAACGACAAUGUAAAGACAAACAUCACUAAAUAAUACGCAAAGGUGACUUGACGCUCGAUAAAGAACAAAUAGCCAAGUUUAUCAGUCAGCGUGUCCAUGUAGGCUGCGAUAACCCGAGACCAUACUAAUGGAAUCGACCCAUAACUAAUGGAAUUUAAACUUCUUUAUAAUAAUUAAUGCUGCAAUACGUCGCUGUCAGUGCCUUGUCUGUUUUAUGCUCUAGUUUAUAUUUUACAUACAAAAUGUGUAUAAAACGUAUAUUAUGUAUAAAAUUACAAUAAUUUAUAUCUUGUUAAAAGAGAGAUUUAGUAGCAUUUUCUACAUACUUAACUUAUAAGUGAAAAUCCAACGUGUAAUGUUUUAUUGCAUUUGGGACCUGUAUUGCUUGAUAACUAGUAAAUUAAUUAUAAUAAUUUUUUAAAUAAUAAAAGUGUUGAUGUAUUUUUACGUUACUACAUUAGUUAUAUACGUUGUACUGUUUAUGGUACUGCCACUGGCCAUAUAUGCACAGAUUACUACUACAUAUUUUUACUAAAGUAAACGUAGUUUAUUCCAAACGUACAUAUAUCUUUCUGUCAAUCAAAAGUAACAGAACAAAAAAGGACAACAUAUAUUACAUUAUAUUUUAUAAGUGUAUCGCAAUUAUUUAUACAUAACAAAGAAAGCUAGGACAUUAGGAAAAUGUGAUUUUUUUUUAAACAAUUGAACAAGUAGCUUGAGAUUUAAAGAAUAUUUGUUUACAAUCAUGGUGAGUAUUUCGUAGGGCUAACUAAUACUUUCAUUACCUAAAUCUAAAAUGCCUAAUGUCACCAGAGGCUUACUCGUGUAUAAAUUUUAUAUGUAACAGAGCUGCAU